AUUUCCUUUUUAGGCUAUAGAAUUUUUCUGAGGACGAGGAUGUGGUUGGGGGAGUUAACAGCUUCUGUUUAUUUAAAGGAGGAUCUGUGGUUAAUACAGUCACAUCAGGAUCUUCUGCACUAACAGACAUCCAAGAUGAGCUGCUGUUGUGGGUCAGAGAAUCUGGAGCUAAAAAUCCUGGUGAUUGGGAGCAAUGAGGAAGAAAGGAAUGAAAUCAUUAACUUGAUCCAGAACCACCCGCAGUCCAGUGAGACCAGCCUCAACCUUUCCUUUAUGCCCGCAGAAGAGGUUUACCCUGGGAGCUGUGAAGAUAAUGAUAUGGCUCUUUGUAAACCGCUGUCUCAUUCAGUCCCAGAUGAUAGUAAGGAAAUGGAAAAGAUCAAGAGGUACAUCUCCAAAACCGCUCACCAUGUGUUCCUGUUGCUCAUUAAGAACGGUCAAUCCAAAGAAGAAAUAAAAAAAAUGGUGGAGAAUAUAAAGGCUGAAUUUGGUGAGAAAGUAACAAAGAGCAUGAUUCUUGUGGUCAAGGGAGAGGCUCCGGGAAAUGAGGGGACGUCCAUAAUAAAAGACAUUGAUGAUGAGGAGAAACUGAAAUUCAUCAGGUGUGUUAAAUUCUGCAGCCCUCAAGAGGGUCAGUCUGCAGCCGGUGACAUCAUGGCAAAUAUUCAAGAUAUCAAAGAAGGAAAACGUUACACCCAAAAGGCUCCAAGUUCAGCAGAAAAAGAGAAACAGGAGCUGAGGAUCGUGGUGAUUGGGAGCAAUAAUGCAAAGAAGAAAGAAGUGAUUGACAUGAUCUGGAAAUAUCUUCAGCAGAGUAACAAUCCACAUCAGACCAGAUCCCCAUCAGCAACCAGGAGUUGCUGCCUAAAAUCUAAGGGUUACCCUGUGAGCUAUAAAGGACGUGACAUGGUUAUUUUUAACCCACCUGGUCUGUAUGCUUCAAAAUGCUACGGGGAUAAAAUGAAAGAGAUCAAGAGGUGCAUCUCCAAAACCGCCGGUCAUCUGUUCCUGUUGGUGAUCGAGAACGAACCAUCCAAAAAGAAAAUUAAAGAAAUGCUAGAGGACAUAAAAUUCACCUUUGGUCAGACAGUAACAGAGAACAUGGUUCUUGUGAUCAAUGGAUAUGCUGCAGAGGAUGGGGGGGGGUCAAUAAUAGAUGCCAUUAACGCUGAGGAGGAACUGAAAAACAGGUGUGUUAAUGUCCAAGGCCAAAACCCUGAAUCCGCAGCUGACAUCAUGGAUAAAGUUGAAGAAAUCAUUGAUGGUCGUAAAUGCUGUUACACCUACGAUGAAAUGAUGAAGGCUCGUUCGUUAGCAGAAAAAGAGAAACAGGAGCUGAGGAUUGUGGUGAUUGGGAGCAUUGAUGCAGGGAAGAAAGAAGUCAUUGACAUGAUCCGGAACCACCCGAGGAUCACUGACAAACCAAAUGAAACCAAGGUCAACAUUUGCUGCUCGAAGCCCCAAACUGAGAGUUACGCUGUGAGAUAUGAACGCCGUGACAUGAUUCUAUUUGACCCACCGGGUCUGUGUGAUCCAAACUGUAAUGGGGAUGAAAUGAAAGAGAUCAGGAGGUGCAUCUCCAAAAACGCUCGCCACGUGUUCCUGUUGGUGCUAGACGUAAACUUUACGGAAGAAAAUAAAGAAAUGUUGGAAAAGAUAGAAUCCACAUUUGGAGAGAACAUACAAGAGAACAUGAUUAUUGUGUUCAAACUGACACAACCUUGCGACGAGCCCCAAAUAGAUAUAAUUAAGAGGGAGGUAUUUGACCUUAUGAAGUUCCUCUAUGACUUUGCAGUGAAAUGUGAAAGGAGGUGUGUGGAUGUCGUUAAAACUUCCAACAAUGAAUCUGCAGUCAAACAAAUCAUGGAUGAAAUUAACAAGAUCAUCACGAUAAGUGAAGGAGAGUGUUACACCUACAAGAUGUUGAAGACCGUUCAAAAGAAAGAGGAGAAAACUGAGAAGCUUUCAAUGAGGGCGAAAAUUGGUUUACUGGUAGGAUUAUGGAUCGGAGCUUUGCUCGGGCUCAUUUUCUUUGGGAAGGACUUCCUUCAAACAGGAUGUGUGCUUGGAGGUGGAUCUGGAGCCAUAAUGGGGAUGGUCGGUCCUGCUGCAAAAAACCGGCUGUUGGCAAUACAAAAUCGUAUUUAAUUAUCUGCUGCUUUAAUGAGCUCAGAGCUUCAGAGAAACUCCAAAUAUUCGGACCUAAAGCCAAGUUAACGGUACGGGAAGAUCCAUGACCAUUAUCAUGACAUCACUAACAGCAUCAUCGUCCAGUUAAUUUGUCCUUUUUUAUUUUUACAUUUUACAUUUAUUCUGUAAGUUUUUUUAACCUUUAACCUUUGCUUUGAUUUUAAAACCAUUUAAUCAGAUUUAGCGUGCAGAUUAAACAGUAGAUGAAAGUUUUCUUUCUUCUAUAUUUUUGUAACGAGAAUUAAAGUCGUAGGGAAGCGGCUGUUCCAACCGUUGCAUUUCCAAAUUCUCCCGAGUGGUGCGCGAUUUUACACGAGUGAAUAAAGAGAAUGUGAUUGGUCGAUUAUCAAGGGGGCGGGAUCUUUGUGGUGGAAGGUUCAAAAGCAAGUUUGAGAGAUUGGAGCAGGUGCUCUAUUUGCCAAUCCAGACCUAAAACCCGUCUCAUCUAAGACUCUGGACCUAAGGGACUAACCCCUGACCUACCAGGCAUCGCUGAUCCCUCUUCUCACCCUCCCCAGCACAGCCAACACUUGGACAUUUACAACCAAUACAGUCAAUGAGAAGCUGUUUCCAGCCGAACAAAGACAUUUAGAUCUCUGCUUGGGCGGUUAUUCUGUUGGAAAUAUUUAAACCAAAAAUUUUUUCCAACAUUUAUUUUUAACGAGGAUAGAAUCUUCUGAUGUUUUCUGCAGACGUUCUGCACAUAUCCCCCUGGAAAAUGAGAACUUCAUCCCAACUGGGUUUUCAUCUGGUUGAAGAAAAGGAAAUGAAUCAAAUACUUAAUGAUAAAUGGAGAGCAGGGGUUCUGUUUGAUUAUCCUGACCUAAAGUUGGGUUUCCUUUGGGACUCUGAGCACCCCUGACCUUUCUCUGUUUGGAUGCUUCUCUUGGGUUUGUUUGGAUCAGUGGCCCACAGAACACUGGACCAACCACUUUGCCCUGUGACCGAGUCCUGCACAGGUCUGAUUUUUAAAAACUGUAUCCAACAGUUCAGAACCGAGACCCGACCUACCCACGAUUAUCCCUAUUUAAACCCGGCUGGGAACAACACAACUGUAAAUAAUGAAGUGCAACCCGACCCAUGAUCACAAAGUGUAAACACAGCUGUUUAUAAUAACAGAGACAGAAAAGAUAAUUGCGUCACGCUCACCUCCAGAGAGCGCUGCGCUCACAGAUUAACAGCUGUAUUGGCUGAAUAAAGAAGGUUUGCCUUAAUGGUUAAAAAAUAUUGUUAUCUGGAUAUUCUGAAUCAGUAAAUUUUUUAAGAUGUACAGUUUAUAAAUAACAAAUGAUACAUUUCAUUCAAGCUGUAACUCUCUGUAUGUUAUCUGUCCAUAUUUUGUUCAUUUAUAACCUUGCCUGCACCCGUCAAAUAAUAUGAGGUCUUUUUCUACCUGUAGAUGUAGGUAUUAUACGAUUACCUGAUGAUACCGACGGGUGCGCGAGCCGGUGCAGGACUCUGCUCUGGAAUGUUCAGUUUGUUCUGGUUGCUUCUUUACCUGCUUCUGACUGCUUUGUAAAUCGUUCUGUUCCAUCUGAACCACAAUAAAUGAUUUCAGCUUCA